UCCCAGUUCACGAUCAUGACUCGUGAACAUCAAGCGUAGACCGUGAACUCGAACCAAUUUGCACCGUUUCUUAGUUGGUUCACGGUCUAGGGCUUUAGUUCACGGUCUUGCGACUGUGAACUUACUCGAUGCCAGUAACCUAUAGAAAUGUUCUGGAAGCACAAAAGUUUUUUCACUUCUUCGCGCUCUUCGACCUCCAAUCGACCUGAAACUCGUCCUCGACCUUCUCACACGUGCUAGGACUUGAAAUAUGACAAAACAAGCACACCCUAGCAUAAAAUAGAUCGAGAGACGAUGAAAUGCCAAGUCAAACUAUCAAGCAAUGAGGUGGGUAAUAUGUGUGCAUUUAGACCCGAAUCAGGGUCGAGACGGGUCAGUUUGUCUACAAGGCCAGACUAGGGACAGGUAAUUUGUUGACCCUGUAAGGGUUUGGACAGGUUGGGACGACAACGUAGAGACGGGUCACUUUUGACCCUAUGACCCUAGCAAAAAUGAGUGAUAUGAAUUUCUCAUACCAACACAUGGGACUUAUUUGUAAAGUUUUAAAAAUUAGCUAUUAUAUUGAAAAAUAGAAAAUAUAAAGGUACUAAAACAUAAUUUUUCCAUCAAAUUUUCUGGACCUAUUUGUAAAAAAUGUAAUUUAGGUACCAAAUUGUAAGAAAAAAUAAAUUUUGGUACUAAAAUAUAAUUUUUAAAUAAUCUUUGUUUUAAUUUGAGCCGACCCGCAUUGAUCGGUCCCGACCCGACCCUAGAGUGUCAAAUAGGGACGAGAUGGGUCAGUUAUACAAGUUGACUAUUCAGGAACGAGUCGGGACGGGUCAGGCCAAUUUACAACCUUAAUCCAAACGACCAUUUGAGUUCAUUUAAAAUAAUAAGGUUUAUUGUUAGGGUUGGAGAAAUAAACCACACCGUUUGAAAAACUAUGGACAAACCAGACCACACAGUUUGGGUCCGAGCUGUAGACCAUUAAGAAUGAUAUGGUAUGACCCCUGAUCUAUAUUUUCCGGUGGUAGCGCCAACUUUGUGAUGUUUGUCGGACUAUUUUGUAAUGUUUGUAUCAAUUUAGUUUGUAUCGUUUAUCAUUCUAGUUUGUCAUUUUUAUUUAUUAUGUUUGUAAUGUUUAUAUGACUAGUUUGCAUACAUGGUAAUUUGUAAUGUUUGUUUGUCUAGUAGUUUGUGUACUUUAUGUUGUGAUUUGUAUACUUUGUAUUCAUUGAUUUGUAAUACAAGUUUACUGUUUUGUAUUGUAAGUAGUGGCAUUUUGUACUGUUACCUGUUAGUAUGUUUUGAAUGUUUGGCAGUCUAGUUUAUAUUGUUUGUAUAGUUCGCAUGUUUCGUAUUGUUUGUAAAUAUGUUUAUAUGUUUUGUCACUCUAAUUUGUAUUGUUCGUAUGUUUGUAUGAUUUGUACUGUUUGUAAGCACGGUUUGUAUACUUAAUAAAUUUUCAUAAUACCGAAACUGUCUCUGUUAUUAAUUAAAAAACAUUUCCCAUUUUUUAACCGUCAGAUUGAUGUGUCUAUAUUUAAAAACGGGUAGGGGUUCAGUCAAGUAACUAAGCAACUCCCCUAGUUAGAGGAUCGGACCUCUGGUCCGGUCUGAUUCUGUUUGGUCAAACUAUUAGGCAGCUCGGCUCCAAUUUACCCCGAGUCCCCGACCUAAACUAACCGCCAUAAGUUUUUGGCCAAAAUUACAAACCUACACAAUUUCCCCCCAUUCGUUCUUAUCGGAACAAACGCUGACGAUUCCCCUUUCCCUUUCAAAUUUCAUGACCGUCUCUCUCUGCCCUUCUUCACAACCGAGCUCGCAUCCCUCUUCCCUCCUGCAACAUAUGAACCCUACCCUGGCGCCGGUGGAUAUCAAGUACACAGAGCACCGCACCGUUACUCGCAAGAUCGCCCAGCAUCCCGAGGUCCCAAUCGCGAAGAAAAUCGUCCGAAUCUCCGUCACAGAUGGGGACGCGACGGACUCCUCGGGGGACGAGAACGAGGAACGCGGAGGCGGACGGGUGAAGGAACGGGCUCGUCGCCGGCAGCAGCAGCACCAGCGAGUGAAGAAGCACAUCCAGGAGAUCAGAAUCCAAGACUCCGAGGCGAUUUUGGACCACAACCAGCUGCAGGGCAAGGAGAAUUUGGGCGUUCAGGAGAGAAUAAGCGGCAGUCCUGUUCUAAUUAGGGCGAAAUACCGAGGGGUCAGGCGGCGGCCAUGGGGGAGAUGGGCGGCGGAGAUCAGGGACCCCACCCGACGGCGGAGAAUUUGGCUGGGGACCUUCGACACGGCGGAGGAGGCUGCUAAGGUCUACGACGCGGCUGCGAUUCGGAUUAGAGGCGCCCACGCCUUUACCAAUUUGGUCAAGCCACCUGCCGACGGGAAGGGAUUGGAGACCCCGCCGCCGGGUUCCACUGUUUCUGGAUCCGAUUCCGGCAACGAAUCUGUCAGCUGUGUGAUGAAUUCGUCGUUGGUUGAGGAAGGAGAGAUGGGUGGACUGUAAACAAUCAGAUUAACUUUCCCUUUCCCUUUGUUUUUUUUUUCUUUUUUCUUUUUUUGCUUCCUUCCUUGGACGUGAGGGCAGAAAAAUUAAGGUGUAUAUGGUUUGUGAAAAUAUCUAAAAAUUGCAAUCUGACUUUGUUAUUAUUAUUAUUUUUUUGUUAAUGAGGUCCAGAAGUUGUAUGAGCAAAAUUCUAUUCUAUUGAGGUGUUUUCAGCAACCCAAUUAUGGACGUGUUCACAAAACAUUUUAAUCGUUGAAUCUCAGGUUGCGAGCUUCACAAUCGUUGGAUACAAACGAUAAGUGAGUAUAAGAAAAUUAGAUGUGAUUGAACAAAUUUAAUCAUUUCAUUGGUUUAGUUUAAACCUUGAUGUUCUUUUUGGUUUCCAAAUUUUUAACAAUGUUGCGUUCCUCUCUCUCCUGCCCAUAUACUUGUACAGAUCUCACAUCCACAAAAUUCCAGCUUUGCACAUUAACGAACCAGAACCAGGCAUCAAUAGAUGCUUUCUUAGUUGGAAUAUAUUCCGUUUCUAUAAAAGAAAAACAAAGGUGCUUCUUGGGAUAACAGAAAGAGAAAAAGGCACUCUAUAAGAUGAACUAAUACUUUAUAAGUUAACCAUGUCUCAAUUGAUUACUUUAUCACAUCUUGCCAAUUAUAAUCUAUCCCAUUUGCUAUAAGGAUUGACAACUCUACCCCCAUUUGCUAGUAAUCCAACCCUAUCCAGCCAAGCCAACAAAGAGAAAUCUCACAUUAAUCAGAUAUGAAAGGGUAUAUGGAUAGUACAUGUGAAGAAAACAAUGGAUUUAGGUGUCCCUGCCUCAUUCUCAUCCCCUCAUCUUAUACCACCUACACUCAGUUAUAUAUCAUAUGAUCCAUUCCUCCUCCAUCCAUCACUCAAAUUCCAAAACAAUCCAAUUUUAAACUCCUUAAGUUCAAUUUUCCAAAUCAAACAAGAUAUAGUCAACACCUUUAACAUCCCCAAACAAUCUAAGGUUUUGCUUGAAAAUAAAAAAAAGUUUAUCAUGAUUACAUUAACUCUCAGAGUUGGUCUGUGGAGACUUAAAACUCAUAGCCCUUGUUUUUAUACAGAUACGUCUCUUAUUACUUUUUAUCCUAUUAACCAACGUCUCUUAUUACUUUUUAUCCUAUUAACCAACUAUCCCAGACACGUAUGGUAUCAUCAAUGAACGAGAAUAAUAAAAAAACCAAUUAUGACAUUCGAGAUAUUGAGAACUCAAAUAUGAGGAGUUUUUAAAGUCAAUUGGUUAAUAAAUUCAAUGAACAACAAGACUUUUCAACCUUUAAGGAUUUUGAAAAUGUAAUUGCUUUGGAUAACUUUAAGACCGAUUCUUCUAUAAGAGAAGCUUUAUGGUUAUUGUGAUUGGUUAGUUCAUGUAUAUUAUGUCUAUUUAAUGUUUGAGCUCUAAAAUCAUGCAUAUUCUUAACUCAAUUACAAUUAUCCUAAAUUCAAUUUGUGCGAGAUGUGAGGGCGAGGAUUAUCCAUGGUAUCCAAAAACUGUGGGAAUGAGGAUAAAAAAACUUCCACACACACGGAGACAGAGAGGACAAGGAUUUAGAAAUGGAAAAUGGAGAUGUGUUCAAGACAAAAUCCAUACCAAACCCGUCCUACUGUUAUCCCUAUGUGUUAUAGGCAUGGUCCAUGAAACCGUACCGGAGACCGUACCGGAAAAGUCAGCGAUAGGGUAUUUUAUGACAAAAUCGUGGUUUAACCGUAGUUCAACCGUUAGUACCGUUAAAUACCGUCUAUCGGUUUAGCCUCUGAUACUGGUAUUUUGUGGUUGAACCGUCGGUACGGUACAGUUUAAUGGACCAUGGUUAUAGGUCAUUUUAAAAGUGGAUUCUCUAAACCAUUAUUUUUACGGGUUUGAUUCUCACUGCCUAUCAUUAAAAAAAAACCUUUUCGCAA